UGACGUCUUCAUCCGUUGCGCAACCACCCGCGACACCACCGUCCAACCUGUGCACGGCAGGCAUCACGUCUCAAACCUCGACUUCCUCCAGCGGCGGGGCUCGUCAAUCUCCGGAUCAACCGACCGACCGACCAUUCUACCGAGACUCAUCAUAAGAAGCCCGCCAUGGGUAUCAAAAACUUGUUCCAGAUCAUCAAGGAGGAGGCGCCGGAUGCGAUCAAGGAGGGCGAGAUCAAGAAUCAGUUUGGCCGCAAGGUAGCCAUCGAUGCAUCCAUGAGCAUCUACAGUUUCAUGAUCGCCGUGCGUUCCGAUGGCCAGCAGCUGAUGAACGAGGAAGGUGCGACAACCUCUCACAUCAUGGGCAUGUUCUACCGCACACUACGGAUGGUGGAGAACGGCAUCAAGCCAAUCUACGUCUUUGAUGGCGCCCCGCCAAAGCUCAAGUCUGGUGAGCUGGCACGACGAUUCCAGCGCAAGGCAGAGGCCAACGAGUCCCUCGAGGAGGCUAAGGAGACCGGUACGGCCGAGGACGUGGAAAAAUUCUCCCGACGAACCGUUCGGGUGACCCGCGAACAUAACGAGGAAUGUCAACAACUACUCAAAUUGAUGGGCAUCCCCUACAUCAUUGCCCCGACCGAGGCUGAAGCGCAAUGUGCGGUGCUCGCGAGAGCAGGCAAGGUGUAUGCGGCAGCCAGUGAAGACAUGGACACCUUGUGCUUUGACAGCCCGAUCCUGUUGCGACACUUGACAUUCAGUGAGCAACGGAAAGAGCCCAUCCAAGAGAUUCACGUUCAGAAGGUCCUCGAGGGUUUGCAGAUGGAGCGUCCCCAGUUUGUUGAUUUGUGCAUCCUCCUCGGUUGUGACUACCUCGACCCGAUCCCCAAGAUUGGCCCCUCGACAGCCCUCAAACUCAUUCGUGAGCACAAGACCCUGGACGGUGUCGUCGACUUCAUCCGCAACGAUCCCAAGAAGAAAUACGAGAUUCCGGAAGACUGGCCCUACGAUGAUGCUCGUGCCCUCUUCUUUGAGCCCGACGUCCGGAAAGCCGACGACCCUCUAUGCGACUUCAAAUGGGAGAAGCCAGACGUGGAAGGACUUGUGAAGUUCCUCGUUAUUGACCGCAACUUCAAUGAGGACAGAGUCCGUGGUGUAGGCGCCCGACUGGAGAAGCACAUGAAGAGCUCACAGCAGGCCCGGUUGGAGGGUUUCUUCAAGGUGAUUCCCAAGACGGAUCAAGAGAAGGCUUCGCACAAGCGCAAAAUCGAGGAACAGAAUGAGGCCAAGAAGAAGAAGCUUAAGGAGGAGAAGAAGGAAAAGGCUAAACUCAAGGCGAAGCCUCGCGGAACAGCCUAGACUUGGAGAUCAACAAUCUGGUAUCCUGUUUUGGACGAAGCUUGACAGCCUGCUAAGAAGGCGCUCGAUCAGCAUAGACAGUUGGGAGGUGUCAUUGCAGGACAAAUUACGGCGUUAUUGGCGCGUUUGAGAAGGAGGCUCGAUACCAAAAAGGUCCGGGAGUCGUCCGGGAAAAGGGUACUUGUUUUGUGUUUAUCCAUAUCUACAGGAACGACAUCAUAUGUAACGAAAC